AGGAGGCGGCGUGCGGCCUGGAGGAGGAGGAGGAUGGAGGAGCCGCCGAGGGAGGGCGAGGCCGAGGUCGCGGAGCGCUGGUUCUCCAAGUGGGAGCGCCAGUGCUUGGCCGAGGCCGAGCAAGGCGAGUCGCUGUCCCCAGAGCAGCAAGCGGAGGCGGCUGCCGACGCGGCGGGGCUCAAGAGCGAACGGCAGCGGCUGUGGCACCUUUUCCAGAUCGCAGCCACCUCCGUGGCCCAGCUCUACCAGGAUUCUGGGGGCCAGCAGCAGGGACUGUCCGUGUGGGACCCCUUCCAGAGCGCGGCGGUGGCCGUGACCGGCCUGUACAAGGAGAGCGGGGACGCCCACCGGCGAAGUUUUGACCGGGGCGUCCAGAUUGGCUGCCAGCGUCGCUUAAGAGACGUGCUGGAGUGGGCAAAAAAGGGCCGCAGCACCAUUCGCCGCGAAGACCUCAUCAGCUUUCUCUGUGGCAAGGCGCCCCCAGCGCCUCCCCAGCCUCGCGCCCCCAGGACCCCCCCAAAGCCACCUGCGGGGAGUCCUAGCCAGGCUUCCGCCGCAGAGUCCAGCUCCGCCGUGGACGUCGACCUGCAGCUCUUUCGCGAGGCCGCCGCGCCACCGCAUGGCCUAGAUGGCGCCAUGGCAAACGUUGGCGUGCGACCCGGGCCGCCCAGCUCCCCGGCCCAGGAUGGCGGGAUGGCCUGCACUGGGCGCCGGAAGAGUAGCUUCCUCGAGGAGGACCUGAACCUCUUUGGCUCGGAAGAGCUGGGUCUUCGCCUGGACACUGGCGGCGUCCGAAAGCGCACCUCGGCCCAGUUUGGCGACAGCAUCACAAACUCCCCAUCACACAAGCGCAACCGAAUGGUCUAAACCGCUGCAUUGGUGCCAACUGCCACUUUGCUUGAGAGCUAAAGGACUGCUAAAGGACCGCUAAGGGACCGUCAACGUGCUGGUUGAACGGAUACUGAACAGUUUUUCUUCUUUAAGUUAAAAGUUUCUAUCAAGUUUACCAUAAACUUUAACGUAUUCCGGAAGAGGCCUCGUAUGACUGUUUCAA